AUGGAUCUGUCUUCUUAUUUCUUCUCAGAUUCGAUUUCUCACCAUUCCACUAUCAGUGUCUCCAUUAUUCCACAACUGAUAUGUUAUGAACUAACUACUUUGUAUUUGAUUGAGGUUCGAUAUCUCCACAAUCAUGUUGGUUUUACUACGGCUGUUGAUUUAAAUCGUAACCCCACUAUUGAUAUUUCUACGUCAAUUGGUACUUCUGGCAUUGAUUUUGUUCUAACAAGUAUUGUAGAUCAUAUGAGCAAAGAUGUCACUGCCCUGGCUCCUAGAAGCAUGAAGAUUAAGAUUGUUGUUCCACCAGAGAGAAAGUACAUUAUUUGGAUCAGAGGAUCGAUCCUUGAAUCCUACAACACCUUCCAGCAGGGAUAG